AUGUCGCAAAAAAUUCAUAGCUCCGUCCGUCACCGUAUUUAUCAUAAGUGUAUCGGCCAAGUUUACCAUACCUUAAACUUUAUUUCAAGCUACUUUAUGAAAAUUAUUCCCUGGAGAAAUCCACAAAAUGAUCAAUCUUCGAAUCUUGCCAAUAUUGAUAAAAGUAUGUCAAACUACUUUCAAAACGUCAAACAAUCGCUAGAGAAACACCACAGAUAUCAAACGUUAAAAGUUAAUCGAUUUGCUCUUAGGCGAUUUACUUUGUUUUUUAUUUGUGAAUAUGACAUUUCCACUAAAUUCCCUAAAGUGGACAGAUAA